UUGUGAGAGCAGGAGACCAAGCUUGCUGAUGCAAGGUGGCCCUCCCAGCCCAGAGAACUGGUUGCUGCUUGUGAGUCUCCCUUCAGGCUGGGAAAGUGGGGGGGUUGGGGUAGUUGGGCCCUGGUGCCAGGUCUUGAUGUGUGGGGGCCAUUUUCCUCUCUUGCUGUUCUAGGUGGUGCAGACUGGCAGCAGUUGGACUCUGAGCUUCAAAAGGAGAUCCUGACCAUUUGGCCUCACCUGUCCCAGAAGAUGCUUGACCUUUUGGUACCCAUGCCAAAAACCUCUGACCUGACUGUUGGGAAAAUAUAUGCAGCCAUGAUGAUCAUGGAUUACUACAAGCAGAGCAAAGCGAAGAAGCAGCGGCAGCAGCUGGAGGAGCAGAAAAAUGCACCCAUGUUCCAACGCAUGGAGCCGUCCUCCUUGCCGCAGGAAAUCAUCUCCAACGCAAAGGCUCUGCCGUACCUCCAGCAGGACACCCUCUCGGGCCUGAGCAGUCGAAGUGGGUUCCCCUCGCUGAGUCCGCUCUCGCCACAGGAGAUCUUCCAGCUGGCUUGCAUGGAUCCAGCCCAAGAGCAGUUCCAGGAGCACCAGUCUCUGGAGCCAGAGGUUAGGGAGUUUCAAAGAGUGCAGCCCUCUAACCGUGGCAGCUACCUUCCUGUGGACACUCAGGACCACGCUGUCUCUGGGAGGGCCUCCUCCAUGCCUCGUCUCACUGUGGAUCCCCAGGUGGUGACAGACACCAGCUCGAUGCGGCGAUCGUUUUCCACCAUCCGGGACAAGCGCCCCAACAGCUCCUGGCUGGAUGAGUUCUCCAUGGAGCGCAGCAGCGACAACACCUACAAGUCCCGACGGCGCAGCUACCACUCCUCGCUCCAGCUGUCCGCCCGGCGCCUCAACGCUGACUCAGGCCACCGGUCCGAGGGGCACCGCUCGGGCAGGGAGCGGGGCCGAUCCAAAGAGCGCAAGCACUUGCUGUCCCCCGACAUCUCCCGCUGCAACUCCGAGGAGAGGAGUCCCCAGGCACAGGACGAGUCGCCGGAGCGGCAGCGCGAUUCCCGGUCACCCAGCGAGGGCAGGUCACAGACACCCAGCAGGCAGGGAAUGGGCUCCCUGAGCGAAAGCUCCAUCCCCUCCAUCUCGGACACCAGCACCCCUCGGCGAGGCCGCCGCCAGCUCCCGCCGGUGCCCCCCAAGCCGCGUCCUCUCCUGUCCUACGCCUCCAUGCUCCGGCACGCCGGGGACGCCUCGCCGCCCGCCGAAGAGAGCGAGGGGGGCUCCCCGCUCCUCUCCUCUACCCUGGAUCCCAACACCGCCGGCUUCACCGAGUCUUCCAGCUCCCCCGCGGGGAAGCAGAGCCGGCAAUCCACCCCGCAGCGCUACAUCUCGGAGCCCUACCUGGCCCUGCACGACGACUCGCACGCCUCAGACUGCGGUGAGGAGGAGACCCUGAGCGUGGUCCUGGGCAUCCAGAUGGUGCUGUGCCUUUGCAGCCUCAGGAAGGGCUUGCUCUGCGGGCCGGGGGCUGGUCAGUGCGUUUGGACCAGUCUGUGA